AUGUUCAACCUUCGUUCAUCGUCAUUCUCGGGUGUGUGGUUGGUGCUUGUUUUGGUGAUGCUGAUGGCUACUCUGGCUCAGGCUCAGUACAAUUUCCAAGAAGUCUGCAACUUGUCGGGAGAUUCCUGGCUUCCAACAUUCCCAACCAUGUGUGCCCCAAAUAACUUUACGUUGUUGAUUCCUCAAUCUUCAAGAGUUCAAGUAAUUGGAGGUCCCUAUCCAUCCGCAUGUGGUAUCUCGUACUUCAGUGUCUACACCUUUGAUAUGCAAGCAGGAUUUGUGGAUGCUCGAAAUUUGUGCAACAUCAAGUCGGUCUUUCGAGGUGGUGAUCGUGUCACUCCAUGCAAACUUCCACCAGGAAUUAAUGGUCUAAGCAUGUACCCAACUCCAAUUUUGAGUGGUAAAGCAGUGGCUUCAUUCCCUCUUGGAACAAGUGCCCUUGUGGUGAGUGAUCCAGUAUAUACGGCUCAACGUGUGUAUGUUUCUAAGGUUCUAUAUGGAAGUAUGAUUGGUUAUGUUCAAACAGAUUAUGUUUGUUUGCAAUAA